CAGUCUGUCAGCUGCGGCUGGUUACUGCACCUAUCCAUGCCGCAGACGGCACGCUCAGAAUGCAUUCUCUGCUGGAUUAGAGAAAGUCCACAGACAGCUCCAAAUUCCACAGGUGACCUGUCAACCCAGCUGAUUAGUGCUAUAAAAAGGAGUUCCUUACUGUUUGGACUCAACAGUCAGAAACAAAAAUGCAGUUGCCACUGAAGUCAAAGGCGAAUAAACUACACUGAUCUUUUAGAAAGCAAGGGUAAGGACGCACGUUUCCGGAUUCACUUUUCAACAGACACCAAAGUUGCUUUCCAAAAGACACCGCGGUACAACUUCAUUUCAAAAUGAAGGCUUCUGUUUGGACCCUAAGUGUGCUACUCUUCCUACUAGGCAUUGGUCACUGCAAAGGAGGACAGGUCAGAAUUAAAAAACUAACCCAAAGGAGAUAUCCCCGUGCCACAGAGAGUAAAGAGGAAGCAAAGAAAUGUUCAUACACGUUCUUGGUACCUGAACAAAAAAUAACAGGGCCAAUAUGUGUCAACACCAAAGGUCAAGAUACAGGCACUAUUAAAGACAUGAUCACCAGGAUGGACCUGGAGAACCUCAAGGAUGUGCUUUCCAGGCAGAAACGAGAGAUAGAUGUCCUGCAGUUGGUGGUAGAUGUAGAUGGGAACAUUGUAAAUGAGGUAAAGCUGCUGAGGAAGGAAAGCCGGAACAUGAACUCACGAGUCACUCAACUCUACAUGCAACUUUUACAUGAGAUCAUCCGUAAAAGAGAUAAUUCACUCGAACUUUCCCAGCUGGAAAACAAAAUCCUCAAUGUCACCACAGAAAUGCUGAAGAUGGCAACAAAGUACAGGGAACUAGAGGUGAAAUACGCUUCCUUGACUGAUCUCGUCAAUAACCAGUCUGUGAUCAUCACUGUGCUGGAAGAGCAGUGCUUGAGGAUAUUUUCUCGACAGGACACCCAUGUGUCUCCCCCUCUUGUCCAGGUGGUACCACGACACAUUCCUAACAGCCACCAGUACACCCCUGGUUUGCUGGGAGGCAAUGAGAUACAGAGGGACCCAGGUUACCCCAGAGACUUACUGCCAUCACCUGAUGUGGCAACAGUGCCCACAAAAAGCCCAUUCAAGAUUCCAGCCAUAAAUUUCAUCAAUGAAGGACCAUUCAAAGACUGUCAGCAAGCAAAAGAAGCUGGGCAUUCAGCCAGUGGAAUUUACAUGAUUAAACCUGAAAACAGCAAUGGACUGAUGCAGCUUUGGUGUGAGAACAGUUUGGAUCCUGGGGGUUGGACUGUUAUUCAGAAAAGAACAGAUGGCUCUGUCAACUUCUUCAGAAACUGGGAAAACUAUAAGAAAGGGUUUGGAAACAUUGAUGGAGAGUACUGGCUUGGACUGGACAAUAUUUAUAAGCUUAGUAAUCAAGACAAUUACAAGCUGCUGAUUGAAUUAGAAGACUGGAGCGAUAAGAAGGUCUACGCGGAAUACAGUAGCUUUCGUCUGGAGUCUGAGAGUGAUUAUUACAGACUGCGCCUGGGAACCUACCAGGGGAAUGCAGGGGAUUCUAUGAUGUGGCAUAAUGGGAAACAAUUCACCACGCUGGACAGAGAUAAAGAUAUGUAUACAGGAAACUGCGCCCACUUUCACAAAGGAGGAUGGUGGUAUAACGCCUGCGCACACUCGAACCUCAACGGAGUCUGGUACAGAGGAGGGCCCUACAGAAGCAAGCACCAAGACGGGAUUUUCUGGGCGGAAUACAGAGGCGGGUCAUACUCCUUAAGGGCAGUGCAGAUGAUGAUCAAACCAAUUGACUGAAGACACACAGUCUCCCGACUAAAUGACUUACAACUUCACUUCUUAGUUCCCCAAAUGUAAACUUUACAUGUUACUUUGCACAAUUUAUUUUUACAGGUACAGUUUGUAAAAAAAAAAAAAAAAAAAAAAAAAAUGUACUGUGACUAUAAGAAUGUAUCUGUGAAUGUAGUUCCAUAUUCCUUCAAUAAGCUACAGAAAAUUAUUUGUAUGCAAAUCCUUGUUAUAUUGACUGAAUACAGGUAAAUGGAAAUAUCUGCCACAAUGUCAAACAAAUCUUAGCUUUAUUUUCAAUCAAAUCCAAAUACAUGUUCAAGAUACUUAAUGAUUUAUUUAAAAAAGAUUGCUCUAACUUCCAAUGGAAAAAACAAUUCUAAGAUUUCAGCCAAGCAGUUUAUUUUAUUUAUAAAAACACAGACAGGAAAUUAGAGAAAACUCUCUAGUUUUGCCAUAGAAAAUGUUUUUCCAUUGAAUAAAACUUUAAAAUAAAACUUUAA